AUGCCACCGCCAUCCACAGCUCAUGCCAACCUCACAGCAUUAUGUAGAAAGGCUCAGUUAAAAGAGGCGCUGCACAUUCUGCUUACUACACACAAACCCCCUGAAGACUCUUCUACUUAUCUUCAACUAUUGCAGACCUGCAUCGUCAAGAAUGCUCUUUUACAAGGGAAAAUAAUCCACACUUUUAUCGCUCAGAGGCGAUUUGCAUUUGCUAGACGAACAUCUUUUCGAAAUAAGUUUCUUAACAUGUAUGUCAAAUGCGGCAGUUUGGUGGAUGCUCGUAAAGUGUUUGACCAGAUGGAAGAACGAGACAGCGUCUCAUGGAAUGUGAUGAUUGCAGUAUACAGAAGACAUGGGUAUCCUCAGGAGGCACUCAGACUGUUUCACCAAAUGCAACGAACAGGAUAUGCACAAAACGGGUUUACUGAAAAAGCCUUACAAGUUUAUAAGCAAAUGCAAGUGGUUGGUGUAAAGCCGAACUCUUCAACCUUUGCCAGCAUUCUCCCAGCCUGUGCUCAAAUUGGAGCUUUGGAACUGGGUACAGUUGUCCAUCAAAACAUAAUUAAAAGUGGAGUAUGUUUAGAUGUUAUAGUUGGAAGUGCGCUAGUCGACAUGUAUGCAAAAUGUGGAAGCAUGCACAAGGCAUUCGAACUGUUUGACGAAAUGCCUCAAAGAAAUGAGGUCUCAUGGACUGUGAUGAUUGCAGGAUAUGCACAAAAUGGAUUUGUUCAAAAAGCCUUAGAAACUUUUAAGCAAAUGCAGCUGGCAGGUGUAAAGCCAGACUCUACAACCUUUUCCAGUCUCCUUCCAGCCUGUACCAAAAUCGGAGCUUUAGAUCAGGGUAUGAAGCUCCAUCAAGAUAUAAUUGAAAGAGGAUUAUCGUCAGAUAUUGCAGUUGGCAAUGCCCUGAUAGACAUGUACGCAAAAUGUGGAAGGAUACACAAAUCAUGUGAAAUAUUUGACAAAAUACUUCGAAGGGACGUGAUCUCAUGGAAUUCAAUGAUUGCAGGAUACGCACAAUAUGGGUUUGUUGAAAAGGCUAUAGAAACCUUUAAUCAAAUGCUAUUGGCAGAUAUAAUGCCAGACUUAACAACCUUUGCCAGCAUCCUACCAGCCUGUGCAAAAAUGGAAGCUUUAGAACUGGGUAUGAACCUCCAUCAGAGCAUAAUCAAAAGUGGAUUUCUGUCAGACGUCGUAACUGCAAAUACGCUGAUAGACAUGUACGCAAAAUGUGGAAGCAUUCUCAAAGCACGUGAAGUGUUUAACAGACUGGCUCAAAGAGAUGCCAUCUCAUGGAAUGCCAUGGUUGCGGGAUAUGCACAGAAUGGGUUUUUUGAAAAGGCUCUGGAAACAUUUAAGGAAAUGUCGUUGGCAGAUGCAAAACCAGACUUCACAACCUUUGCCAGCAUAUUACCAGCCUGCUCAAAAGUAGGAGCUUUAAAGCAGAGUAUGGAAAUACAUCAAUUCAUAAUCAAAAGCGGCUUUUCUUCAGAUGUUGUAGUAACUAAUGCUUUGAUAGACGUCCAUGCAGGUUUAGUGGAUGAGGGCUGUAAAUACUUCAAGAGCAUGAGUGAGUCUUAUUGCAUUAUGCCUAAAACCAAUCACUAUGUGUGCAUGGUCGACGUCCUCAGCCGAGCUGGCUAUCUUGAGGAAACUCUAAAGUUUAUCAUCAAAAUGCCAAUUAAACCUGUAAUGGUUGUGUGGACAUGUUUUCUCAGUGUUUGUAGAUUACAUAAGAAUAUAGAGUUGGGAGUAUUUACAGCAAGUCUCCUUCUUGAGCUGGAUCCUAAGAAUGCCACGACUUAUGUUCUUCUGUCAAACUUCUAUGCAGAAAUGGGGAGGUGGGAAGAAGUUCACAUGGUAAGGAGACUGAUGAAUGAUAGAGGAAUUAAAAAAGUACCCGGAAGUAGUUGGAUUGCAGGCCAUAAAGUCGUACAUGCUUAUUGUGGAGACUGA